AACGACGUUUCGCCACGUAAUUUUUGUGUGUUUUCUUCAACAAAAUCAUUUUGCGGCCGGUUAGCAGCUCCGAACAAAUUCAAUCGGAAAGUUUAUUCGAUUUAUCUGCAUUUUAUUUCGUUAAAAGCGUUAAAACUAAAGCUUUCUUCCCACACCCAACAGUCCAAAACAUCAUGGAAUCAAUGGUUCGCUACAUUUCGCCGGUGAACCCGGCCGUGUUCCCCCAUCUGGCCAGUGUUCUGCUGCUCAUCGGGACCUUCUUCACGGCGUGGUUCUUCGUGUUCGAGGUGUCCCGGCCGAAACUGUCCAGCAGCAGCAGCAACGGUAAGGAAGGAGUCAUCUUCAAGGAACUGCUCAUUUCCCUGUUCGCUUCGAUCUUCCUCGGAUUCGGGGUGCUGUUCCUGUUGCUCUCGGUGGGGAUCUACGUGUGAGCUGCCGGGAGUGGCCGGUGAGAAAAGAGAACCUCGUCAUCAUCAAUCGACCUCCCAAAAAAAAUCUAUUCCGUAAGUUACGAAUCUACUAUCUAGGAACAUUACUGCAAAUGGGUGUUUUUUCGGUUCCCUCCUCCAGAAGAGAGGGAGAGGACGGAAUGCUGAAAUGCGAAAAUCAGCGAUCGGCCAACUGCUUGAAGUGAAUGCAUUUUCUCCCUGUUUCGGAAGAGAAGAAUUUACAGGGAGGCUAUUGAUAAGAUUUUUUUUUGAAUAAUAAUUCCCUAUUAGGCUUAAUCGGACUUUCGUGUCCAAAAGUGAACCUAAAA